AUGUGGCGUCAAGCCAUCAACACCAUCCCAUUUAGUCUUACUUGUGGCAACAAAUCAGGGAAUAAAUCAUGGUUCAGACACGGACACCGGACCUUGUGGUCCAAAGUUGUCGAUGAGCGAUGGAAGAAUGGUACAUGGGAUCUUAAUAUGUUUGUUCAUGAUGGGAAGAUAGACUGGGAUGGUGUCAUUGUUGCAGAAGCAAGGAGGAGGAAGUUUCUUGAGUUGCAUCCAGAAGCAGCCACAAACCAAGAUCCAGUGCUCUUUAGGAUUUCCAUCAUACCUUGGUGGGCAUGGCUCAUGAGGUCCUAUCUCCCAGAAGCCAAGCUGAUAAAUGGUCGAGCUGCAAUGGUAGGAUUCUUUAUGGCAUACUUAGUAGAUGCAUUAACGGGUCUUGAUGUGGUAGGCCAAACUGGCAAUUUCAUAUGCAAGGCAGGACUCUUUGUGACAGUCAUCAGUGUGAUACUUUUAAGACGAACCAAAGAUUUUGAGAACCUGAAGAAGCUAGCUGAUAAGGCUACCUUCUAUGACAAGCAGCGGCAAGCAUCAUGGCAAGACCAAAUUGCUGGAACUGGAAAGAAAAUUUACUUUGCUUCCUUGUAUAAAUUUGUUCUUUCACUGUGUUACAAAAAGUUAGGACUAUAAUAUGCACCAGAUUUGCAAGUGAAGGAAAAUUGUAUGAUGAUUGCA